AUGCCGUCAAUCACCAUCAAAGCCGCAGCGGAAGGCACCAAAGACGCGAACGCGGGGACCGAGGAUGUGUCUCAUAGCCUCGUCAUCUUUCUGCAGUCGCAGUCGCAGAACAUGUUGACGAGGCUGUACCAGAAACCCUCCGCUUGUCUCUCGAUCUUUAGGCUGUUGCGGCCCCUGGAACGACAACUCGUCAUGAACCUCCUGUGGCUCGAUUUGCCAAUACCCCCGUCAACGAUGGCAGCGUGGGUGACGCGUGAGGGGAAGAAACCAUACCAAGACGCGCUGUCGACAUUGGCGCGGUUGCAUAUUCUGCCACCAUCAACUUCGAAACACUCCUUGAACCCCACUUUCAAAUCCGGCUUGCGGCAAGCGAUCACCGGAGGUGGCACAAGCGGCAGUUUCGGGGUACUCAUAGAGAACGACGACAAAAAUCCUCCCCCAGAGAUCGAUGCCCUGGACGGGUAUGCUCUUGAGCGUUGGGAGACUAUCCUGUACUAUAUGGUUUCGUCUGGGACGGGGGAGUUCCCUUCACAGCCGUCCAAAGGUGUGUUGUACCUGCUGGAAAGAAGUGGCCUCAUGGCUCGGGUUCAUAGCGGCGCAUUGCAGAUUACGUCCGGUGGCUUCCAAUUCCUUCUCCAUCCGCCGCACGUCCAACUCUGGGAACUACUGCUCCAGUACCUCCAAAUGGCAGAGGAAAGACAAAUGGAUCUUGUAGAAGUGAUCAGCUUUCUCCUGAUGCUGUCCACGACUGAGCUAGGGAAGAACUAUUCCACGGAGAACCUGAGUCCCACUCAGAAAACCAUGCUUGACGACCUUCGCGAUUAUGGGCUGAUUAAGCAGCGCACGCCAACUUCACGGAGGUUCAGUCCGACUCGACUAGCCACUACGCUGACGUCUUCAUCCCCCCCACUUCCCACGUCUGCCGGUUCGGGGGACGGAUCGCACGCUCAGGGGUUCAUCGUCCUUGAGACCAACUACCGUCUGUAUGCGUAUACAGAUAACCCGUUACAGAUUGCUGUCCUGAACCUGUUCGUGACGCUCAAGUCGCGAUUCCCAAACCUCGUUAUCGGAGCAAUAACGCGCGAUAGUGUCAAGAAGGCGCUCGCCAGCGGCAUUACCGCCGACCAAAUCAUCAGCUACCUCGUCACACAUGCGCACCCUCAAAUGCGAAAGAAUCAACCUCUCCUUCCCGUCACCGUCCAGGAUCAAAUCCGGCUCUGGGAGCUUGAGAAAAAUCGCAUGAAGUCGCAAGAAGGGUAUUUGUAUACCGCCUUCGCUUCCCAGGCCGACUACGAAUACGUCCUCAACUAUGCGAAGCAACUCGACGUCGUCUUAUGGGAGAACGCCUCUCGACGGUGUUUCUUCGGCAGCGUAGAAGGCCACGCUAACAUUCGAGGGUUCAUCGAGCGACGGCAGACCGCUGGGAACACUUAG